GAAAUCCCCCACAGAUGUUCUCGUCCUUCCGGCUCUGGCAAUGGGAAAGUGAGAAGUGAGAGGUAGGAGUGUAGUAAUCCUGCGAAACCCCUCAAAGCUAAAGCUCAAAUGGCGCUGCUUCAGCACAUGUGCUCAACACCCCUGGCACGUGCUGUCCGUUCACGCUCCAUCUCCAAUAUCUCCCUUUCCAUUCCAUCCUCGCCGACAUCCACCGUCUCCAUUCCCUCGCCUUCGCUCGCACGAGUCCCUCAUGUCGGCUCCCGCGUUCUCCUUGGCAUGUCCGAGCAGGAGCUUCAGCAGCUCGCCCUCGACUUCGGUCAGCAAAGCUAUCGAGGAAAACAACUCUAUCAUCUUCUAUAUAAGACUAAGGCUAAGGAAAUUGAGGAUUUCAGUCACCUACCCAAGGCCUUCAGGUAUGAUCUUAACGAAGCGGGAUGGAAAGUCGGCAGGUCUCCCGUUCACCGUGUUGUUACUGCAGCUGAUGGCACUAUUAAGAUAUUGAUAAAACUUGAAGACAACAGAUUAAUUGAAACUGUUGGGAUACCAGUUGAAGAUUUCAACGAUAAAGGUUCUCAACGCUUGACUGCAUGUGUCUCAUCACAGGUGGGUUGCCCAUUGCGUUGCUCAUUUUGUGCUACUGGGAAAGGAGGGUAUUCGAGGAACCUUCAGCGUCAUGAAAUUGUUGAACAGGUCCUGGCUAUAGAGGAGCUCUUCAAGCACAGGGUGACAAAUGUCGUGUUUAUGGGCAUGGGCGAGCCAAUGUUGAAUCUGAAGGCAGUUUUAGAAGCACACCGAUGCUUGAAUAAGGAUGUGCAAAUUGGUCAAAGAAUGAUAACGAUUUCUACUGUGGGGGUUCCAAACACAAUUAAAAAGUUGGCUUCACACAAACUCCAGUCGACAUUGGCCGUUAGCCUACAUGCUCCGAACCAGAAACUCCGGGAAACAAUUGUUCCAAGUGCAAAAUCCUACCCAUUGAAUGCAAUCAUGGAGGACUGCAAGGACUACUUCCUAGAAACUGGCCGGAGGGUAUCCUUUGAGUAUGCACUUUUAGCUGGAGUCAAUGAUAAGGAAGAGCAUGCGUUUGAACUUGCAGAACUGCUUCAUGGGUGGGGACGUGGUCAUCAUGUGAAUCUGAUACCUUUCAAUCCGAUAAAAGACUCAGAGUACCGGCGUCCAUACAAAAAAGCGGUGCUAGCAUUUGCAGCUGCCCUGGAGUCUCGUAAAAUAACCGUAAGUAUACGUCAAACACGAGGCCUUGAUGCAAGUGCAGCUUGUGGGCAACUCAGGAACGAGUUCCAAAAGAGCCCUCUGUCUGCCUCUGAUGAAUCUGAAUCUCAAUCAAUUGUUUCGGUGGGUUGAUGCCAACAAAACAUCAGAUAUUUGGAACCUUCAUUGGCUCGCCAAAUGAACCACUAUUUUGCA